ACAAAUCAUUGUGCAACCCAACAUUUUUAUUAUUAUUAAAAUUCAAUUCAUUUUUACAGUACUCAUUUAUCUUUUAGAAAAUAUCUACAAGUACCCUCAGUAACCGAUUGCACUCCCGGUUGGGAAUUACAGGAUCAGAGGAUUACUCACAAUGUUGAGGGUCGCUGUAUUCAUGAGCUUGACUUAAACUACUGUUGAAUAUAGAAGCAUCACCUGGAGGUCAUUGGCAGCAAAGCGCAGCAGAGGAAAAAACGAAUACGCCGGUCAGAGUCAGAGCAGCUGUUCAGAGGCUGAAGCGCAACAGAUGAGCGCACACAUACAGCUUCAGCUCCGCCGCUCUGGAUAUCCGACACGUUCAACAGCAUGAACACAAACGACGCCAAGGAAUACCUUUCCAAGCGGCAGAUCCCUCACCUGUUUGAGAGCAUGUUAACAGGGCUGAUGUACCACAGACCCGAGGACCCUUUGGCGUUCUUGGAGAGCUGCCUGCAAAAAACACGAGACCUGGGGGGUGCCGAGCACGUCGCCUGGGACACUUUCAUCACGCCGGAUCGGAAACCACUCCCACCGAUUUCCCCAGCACAGGGCAAAAACCUCCCCUGCAAACUUGAUGGUGGCACUGGGCCUGGUCCAGGACCUUAUCGGCGAUAUGACAGACUGCCACCAAUUCAAGCGCAGUUCUCAAUAGAAAGUGACUCCGACAUGACAGAAUCCUCCGGGCUCAUUCAAGAGUAUGACGUCUUUGACCCGUCCAAACCACGACCGCACAUUAUAUUCAUCAUAGGAGGGCCAGGCAGCGGCAAGGGAACUCAGACGGCUAAAAUUGCACAUCACUAUGAUUUCCAGCACGUGUCGGUGGGGGAAAUUUUAAGGAACCAGUUGUUGCAUCACGCCCCCAGUGAUCGCAAAUGGGAACUAAUUGCUCAGAUUAUUGCCAAUGGAGAACUGGCACCUCAGGAGACGACUAUUGAGGAGCUGAAACAACAGUUUAUCAAGCACCAAGAUGCCAAAGGAUUCAUUGUGGAUGGAUUUCCCAGAGAGAUAUCACAGGCGUUCACCUUCGAGGAGCAGAUUGGCUCUCCAGAUUUGGUGAUCUUGCUCGCCUGCUCCAAUCAACAACUCCGCCAGCGUUUAGAAAAAAGAGCCUCUCAACAGGGCCGUCCCGACGACAACACUCACGCGAUCGAGAAGAGACUACAUACAUUCAAACACAACAUCUCGCUCAUAGCCAAGUACUAUCAGGAGAGAGGUCUUAUCGUGAGGGUGGAUGCUGAUCGAGAUGAAGACGACAUUUUCACAGACAUCUGUGCCAUGGUGAAAGGAAGUCUGUUCCCGAGCGACUCACAAGCGAGCAGUACUGAGGAGCUUUAAAGGAGCUCAUCGAUAUUCAAGCAUUCAAACAUCUAUUACCAGCCAAA